AUGGCUCGCUUCACCAACAACUUUGCCACCGUGUUGCUGCUUCAGCUGGUGCUCGUUCUGGCGGUCGUGUGGGCUGCCUACGGCCAAGCGUCCCCUUCCCCCUCGGCCUCGGCAUCACCGGUAGAAUCGCCUUCGGCCUCUCCGUCAUUCGGCACCUCGCCCACUCCUUCGCCCACGGCCUCGCCGUCGUUCGGCUCCUUGCCCACGACCACCCCUUCGCCCUCUGCUGUGCCAACCGCCGCACGCUCGCCCCAGCCCUCCCAGGAGCCCUCGUCCGCCUCGGGCCUCAGCAGCUUCCUCGUGGACGCCCUCGCGCACCUCUUCUAA